AAAAUCUCAUUCUUCCUCAUCAUCAUGUGGAAAUUCGUAAUUGGAAGUGUCUCGACCGCAGCGUUUUUCGUAAGCGUCUGCACUAUUUAUUUCUCGGUUUCGAUGCUCGAUGAGCUCGAUUCAUUUCGUUUGAGCAUUCGUGAUGAGUUGGAAGACUGGAAGGAGGUCAGCGAUGACACGUGGCAACGGUUGAACGAUAUGACGUCGAGAAAUGUUCCAAAGAAGACGAAUAUUUUGAAGGAAUUUGUGAGAGGAAAGAGAAACGUCGGAAAUGAUCAGUGCAAUUGCGCUGAGCCAACAAAGAACUGCCCAGCAGGACCACCAGGAGAGAAGGGAUCUCUCGGAAAUCCAGGACAACCGGGACCCGAUGGAGUUGAUGGUGACAACGGUGUGGAUGGAGACGUCGUGAUUCAUGAUAUGCCAAAUCCUAAAGAAUGCAUCAAGUGUCCAGCAGGACCACCAGGACCACCAGGACCACCUGGACCACUCGGACCACGUGGUGACAAGGGACCGUCCGGGCCACGUGGAGCACUUGGAGAUCAAGGAGAAACUGGUCCAGUUGGAGAAAUUGGAGAUCAAGGACCACCAGGAUCCGCCGGAAGAGCUGGACCAAGAGGUCAAGCCGGACAACCAGGAACUAUCGCAAUUGUCGGAUUGGCUGGAAGACCAGGACCACAGGGUCCACUUGGAGAGCCUGGAGCACAAGGAGAGCCAGGAGUUGAUGGAAAAGAUGGAGCUCUUGGAGCACCUGGAAGAAAGGCGGAGAACGGAAGACCAGGAAAACGUGGAAAGGACGGAGUUGCAGGAGUACCAGGGACACGUGGAAAGGAAGGAGAAGACGCGGGUUACUGUACUUGCCCACCUAGAACUGCUUGAUUCGAAAAGUGUAAAUAAAGUAUUUAUUCUUCUUGG